AUGGAAAAGAUUAGGGAAAAAUUGAACAGCUUGAAAUUAGAAUCGGAAUCGUGGCAAGAAAAAUACGAAGAACUUAGACAACAGGUCAAGGACUUGGACCAAUCUAACAUUGAAAAAGAGAAUGAGAUCAAGUCAUUGUCCACUAAAAAUGAACAAUUAGAUAAUGAAGUGGAGAAGUUAGAAAAUCAAUUGGCUGAUACUAAACAAUUGGCAGAAGAUUCCAAUAAUCUAAGAUCUAAUAACGAAAACUACACCAAGAAGAACCAGGAUCUAGAACAACAGCUGGAAGACAGUGAAACCAAAUUAAAGGAAGCAUUGGAUAAAUUGAAAGAGGCAGACUUGAACUCUGAGCAAAUGGGUAGAAAGAUUGUUGCUUUGGGGGAAGAAAGAGACGAUUGGGAAAAGAAAUGUGAAGAAUUUCAAAGCAAGUAUGAAGAAGCCAAAAAGGAAUUGGACGAAAUUGCUAAUUCUUUGGAAAAUUUAUGA